AACAACCUGCGAAAAGUGAAUAUCGAAUAGCGUUUUAGAAAACAAUUAUUUAAAAUUAAAAAAACAAUAACCACAAAUAUGAAACUACAACUUUUCACCACUUUGGCUGUCGCCUUGACCAUCCUGGUCUGUGUCACCGCAGCACCAGGACGCUAUCCAAAUCCGCCCACAGUACGUCCACAGCCACCACCACGUCCCAUACGUGUGCGUCGCAAUGUGGUUACCGGCGGCGCUGUUGCUACGAACCCUAAUGGCGGACAAGAUGUUAAGCUGGAGAUCGCUAAAGCCCUAGGCACACCCGAUGCCAAUGUGAUUGGCAGCGCUUUUGCUACGGGCAACACCAAAGGCGGACCGGUGACUACUGGCGGCAGUUUGGCGGCCAAUGUCAAGGGACUUGGCGUCGCCAUUGCCAAGGAGCAUACGCCCGGCAUCAGUGAUACGCUGACCAAGAGUGCAAGUGCUAAUGUUUUUCUAAAUGAUAACAAUCGCUUGGAUGCUUCUGUCUUUAAGGCGAACACAAAAUUGGCAAAUGGUUUCGAGUUUGAGAAGAAGGGUGGCUCGUUGGCUUUGAACAAUGCUGGCGGUCAUGGCAUAGCUAUUGCCAAGGAGACUAUACCCGGUUUUAGUGAUAGUCUAACGAAGUCCGCUCAUGCUACACUCUUUAAUAAUGGCGCACAUAGCGUGGGUGCCAACGUGUUUGAUACAAAGAAAUCCUUUGAUUUUGGUCCGACUUUCCGCGAAACAGGUGGCAAUCUCAAUUGGGCUCAUACAAAUGGUCAUGCAGCCAAUUUGGGUCUGUCAAAGGUUCAUGAUUUCGGAACGAAAUUUAAUUAUGGCGCUAGUUCCAAUCUGUUUACCUCAGCUGAUCGUCAAACUAGUUUGGAUUUCAAUGCUGGCGGUUCACGUUGGCUGAAUGGGCCGCUCAGUGGCAGGAACGACUUUAAUACAGGCUUGGGACUAUCACACCAUUGGGGUUAAGGGAAUGGCGGGAGAGAGAUGUGAUCUUAAGACGCCAUUUAUUGAAUUGAAAUUAAAAUCAGAUUAUUAUUUAUAUUAUUUAUUAUCACUCUUAUUAGUGCUUAUUUAAAUAAAAAGACGUUUUAACCGAAAAUGGAA